GUUUAAUUUCCUGUUAGUCACUGCUGGUUGUUAUGAAGUGUUACUGCUCCUCUGAUCUCUGUUGGCACAGUGUUUCUGGUUCUACAGGAUUCUUUCUGUCUCCUCCUCCUCCUCCUCCUCCUCCUGAUGAAGCUGAAACAGGUUUGUUGUUUUGCUGUCAGAGACAAAGGUUUCAGUCAACACACACGAUAAGAUGUCUGGGUGUCCCAGAGGUCUUCCAGGUCCAGCUGCAGCGUGAGAAACCCUCCAAUCAGAGCAGUCCAGUACCUGAAACAGGUUUGUUGUUUUGCUGUCAGAGACAAAGGUUUCAGUCGACACACACGAUAAGAUGUCUGGGUGUCCCAGAGGUCUUCCAGGUCCAGCUGCAGCGUGAGAAACCCUCCAAUCAGAGCAGUCCAGACCCAUCAGAGACCAGACCCUGCUGAACCUGAACCUGAACCCAGCUGUAUGUCCAUGAAGAGUCACCGCUAAUUUAAAAAAGAAGGCGGCCUGACCUCGAGUGGUCAAUAGAAAUGGAGGAGAGAGGAUUGAUGGAGAGACUUGAAUGGCAGAAGGAGAGAAUAGCAAUGCAAAGCGAAAUUGAAAUGUUAAGAAGUAGAUUUAGGACCCAGCAGAAACCAGAGUAUCCUGAACCUGAACCUGUACCUGGACCUGGACCUGAACCCAGCUGUGUGUCCUUUAAGAGUGACCGGUCAUAUCAAGGCCUCAUUGACUUUAAAGGAGAGCAACCCUCUGCUGAAAAGAUGAUCCAUCAAAGACCAGACUCUGCUGAACCUGAACCCAGCUGUGUGUCCUUCAAGAGUGACCAGUCAUAUCAAGGCCUCAUUGACUUUAAAGGUCAACAACCCUCUGCUGAAAAGAGAGUGGACCAGGAGAGCUCAGAGGGUCCCAGUGGUCAGUCUGCCCAGCAGCAUCAAACACACCUGAACUCCAUGUUUAUGCUGCUGGAGGAGAACAUCGUCACUUUUGUGAAGAACGAGCUGAAGAAGCUCCAAAAGCUUCUGAGUCCAGAUUACCUAGAAUGCUCAGAGAGUAAGAGGGAGGAUGAGGAUGAAGGGCAGAGGAGGAGUAGAGAGGCAUUUCUGAAGAUUACACUGCACUUCCUGAGGAGAAUGAAGCAGGACGAGCUGGGUGACCGUCUGCAGCGCAGAAGUUCAUCUGGAGUUUGUCGACGUAAACUCAAAUCUAAGCUAAACAACAAGUUCCAGCGUGUGUUUGAGGGGAUUGCUAAAGCAGGAAACCAAACCCUUCUGAAUCAGAUGUUCACAGAGAUCUACAUCACAAAGGGAGGGACUGCAGAGGUCAAUGAUGAACAUGAGGUCAGACAGAUUGAAACAGCAUCCAGGAAACCAGACAGACCAGAAACAACAAUCAGUCAAGAAGACAUCUUUAAAACCCCAUCUGGAAGAGAUGAACCAAUCAGAACAGUGAUGACAAAGGGAGUGGCUGGCAUCGGGAAAACAGUCUUAACACAGAAGUUCACUCUGGACUGGGCUGAAGACAAAGCCAACCAGGACAUCCAGUUCACAUUUCCGUUCACCUUCAGAGAGCUGAAUGUGCUGAAAGAGAGAAAGUACAGCUUGGUGGAACUUGUUGAUUACUUCUUUAGUGAAACCAAAGAAGCAGGAAUCUGCAGGUUUGAAGAGGUUGUGUUCAUCUUUGAUGGUCUGGAUGAGUGUCGACUUCCUCUGGACUUCCUCAACACUGAGAUCCUGACUGAUGUUACAGAGUCCACCUCAGUGGAUGUGCUGCUGACAAACCUCAUCAGGGGGAAUCUGCUUCCCUCUGCUCACCUCUGGAUAACCACACGACCUGCUGCAGCCAAUCAGAUCCCUCCUGAGUGCGUUGACAUGGUGACAGAGGUCAGAGGGUUCACUGAUCCACAGAAGGAGGAGUACUUCAGGAAGAGAUUCAAAGAUGAGGAGCAAGCCAGCAGAAUCAUCUCCCACAUCAAGACAUCACGAAGCCUCCACAUCAUGUGCCACAUCCCAGUCUUCUGCUGGAUCACUGCUACAGUUCUGGAGGAUGUGUUGAAGACCAGAAAGAGAGGAGAGCUGCCCACGACCCUUACUGAGAUGUACAUCCACUUCCUGGUGGUUCAGUCCAAAGUGAAGAACAUCAAGUAUGAUGGAGGAGCUGAGACAGAUCCACACUGGAGUCCAGAGAGCAGGAAGAUGAUGGAGUCUCUGGGACAACUGGCUUUUGAGCAGCUGCAGAAAGGAAACUUGAUCUUCUAUGAGUCAGACCUGACAGAGUGUGGCAUCGAUAUCAGAGCAGCCUCCGUGUACUCAGGGGUGUUCACACAGAUAUUUAAAGAGGAGAGAGGACUCUACCAGGACAAGGUGUUCAGCUUCAUCCAUCUUAGUGUUCAGGAGUUUCUGGCUGCUCUUCAUGUCCAUCUGACAUUCACCAACUCUGGAGUCAACCUGCUGUCAGAAGAACAAACAACAUCAACACAGUUCUACCAGAGUGCUGUGGACAAGGCCUUACAGAGUCCAAAUGGACACCUGGACUUGUUCCUCCGCUUCCUCCUCGGUCUUUCUCUGGAGACCAAUCAGAAUCUUCUACGAAGUUUGCUGACACAGACAGGAAGUAGCUCAGAGACCAUUCAGAAAACAAUCACGUACAUCAAGAAGAAGAUCAGUGAGAAUCUGUCUGCAGAGAGAAGCAUCAAUCUCUUCCACUGUCUGAAUGAACUGAAUGAUUAUUUUCUAGUGCUAGGGAUCCAACAUUCCCUGAGUUCAGGACGUCUCUCCAAAGAUAAUCUGUCUCCUGCUGAGUGGUCAGCUCUGGUCUUCAUCUUACUGUCAUCAGAAAAAGAUCUAGACGUGUUUGACCUUAAGAAAUACCGUGCUUCAGAGGAUGUUCUUCUCAGGCUGCUGCCAGUGGUCAAAGCCUCCAAAAAAGCUCUACUAAGUGGCUGUAACCUGUCAGAGAGAAGCUGUGAAGCUCUGUCCUCAGUUCUCAGCUCCCAGUCCUCUAGUUUGAGAGAGCUGGACCUGAGUAACAACAACCUGCAGGAUUCAGGAGUGAAGCUGCUCGCUGUUGGACUGAAGAGUCCACACUGCACACUGGAGACUCUCAGUCUCUCAGGCUGUCUGAUCUCAGAAGAAGGCUGUUCUUCUCUGGUAUCAGCUCUGAGCUCCAACCCCUCCCAUCUGAGAGAGCUGGACCUGAGCUACAAUCAUCCAGGAGACUCAGGAGUGAAGCUACUGUCAGCAGGACUGGAGGAUCCUCUCUGGAGACUGGAAACUCUCAGGGUGGAGCCUGCUGGAGUCAGAUGGUUGACACCAGGUCUGAGGAAGUAUUCCUGUGAACUCACACUGGACACAAACACAGUGAACAGAAAACUCAAACUGUCUGACAACAACAGGAAGGUGACACGUGUGAAGCAGGAGGAUCAGCAGCUAUAUCCUGAUCAUCCAGAGAGGUUUGACUACUGGUCUCAGCUGCUGUGUAGAGAUGGUCUGACUGGUCGCUGUUACUGGGAGGUUGAGAGGAGAGGAGGGGUUGAUAUAUCAGUGAGUUACAGAGGAAUCAGGAGGAGAGGAGACGAUGAUGACUGUUUGUUUGGACGUAAUGAUCAGUCUUGGAGUCUAAUCUGCUAUGAUGAUGAUGAUGAUGGUUACUGUGUCUGUCACAAUAACAGAGAAACACCCACCUCCUCCUCCUCUGUCUAUGGUAGAGUAGCAGUGUAUGUGGACUGUCCUGCUGGCUCUCUGUCCUUCUACUCAGUCUCCUCUGACUCACUGAUCCACCUCCACACCUUCAACACCACAUUCGCUCAGCCUCUCUAUCCUGGGUUUAGGUGUGUUGAAAUGUGUCGACCGCUGUGGAUCCCCAACAGAGGAGAGUCUGAGGGAUUGAGGGAACACAGCAUCCUCUGA